CAACCACUUCAACUCCAACCCUCUUUCUCUACAGGGUUUUCCAUUCUUCAGUUAUCGAGAAGCUCUCAUCCUGUCGCUUGUUUUCGGUACAAAAAUGGUGAGCAAAAGGCAGAUAUUAGCUCGCAAACGAUUCAAGGAAGAACACCCGGAACAGUUUCCAAAACCCGAACCCACGCCUCCAAAGGAUCCGAAUAAGAAGAAGAAGAAAAAGAAGAGUGAUUUCAAGCGCAAGAAAUCGGAUUCCAAUGACCCAACCAAACCCAGAAGAUCUACUAACAAGAAACACCCACUCAGAAUACCUGGUAUGAGACCUGGUGAUAGUUGUUUUAUCUGUAAAGCCGAUAACCAUAUUGCCAAAAAUUGCCCUGAAAAAGCUCAGUGGGAAAAACACAAGAUAUGUUUGUUAUGCCGGCAGCGUGGUCACAGUCUCAAGAAUUGCCCCAACAAGAACGAGGAGAACGUCGAUAAGAAGUUAUGUUAUAACUGCGGAGAAAUCGGGCAUUCACUGGCUUUAUGUCCCCAACCUCUUCAAGAUGGGGGAACAAAGUUUGCAACUUGCUUUAUUUGUAAAGAACAAGGACAUUUGAGCAAGGAUUGCCCUAAAAACGCUCACGGAAUCUAUCCAAAGGGCGGUUGCUGCAAAAUAUGUGGUGGUGUGACACAUUUAGCUAAAGAUUGUCCAGAUAAAGGCAUUAGAAAUUCCGGCAUGUACAUUGAAUCCAACAAAAGAUCAACUGGAAUUGAAUCGAUGGCGAGAGGGAAGGUGACUAAGUUUGCAAGCGGUGACGAUCUUGAGGACGAUUUUACAACGAUAGAUGAUGGUAAAGAAAAGACGACUUCUGAACCAAAAGCCGAGGAUGUUGCUUCUAAGGAAUCGAACGUAAAACCAAAGAAGAAACAGGGACCCAAAGUGGUUAACUUUGUGGGUUAAAAUCAGAACUUCAAAUCCUCUGUGGAUGCAAUUUUGAACUCUUUAAAUUUGGUUAUUUAUGAGUUAAAAGUGUGUAAAAUGAAUAUCAAGAUUCAAGAGUUAGUAUUAUAUACUUUAUGGCUGUUUACAUCUACAAUUUCUUGGAUCAUUUCCC